CGCGAUAAUAAUUAGGACAACGAGAUUCCUGGUGGGAGUUGUAGUCUUUCUUUCCACUGUCUUCGGGUUUGUCUUUCCAACCUCUAUCUCACACCAACCCCGGACUCCGGAUUGGGAUAUCUGGGUGCCUGGCGGGGUGGGCGGGCCCAUUCUUAAUCUUGGCCGCAGGAGUUUCAUAGUGAUAGGGGGAGGGGGGGAGACACCUUUUUAAUUGCUCCGAGGACUGCUGCCAAAGAGACGCAGUAGUCCCAUUCCCUUUUGGGGGGCGGGAGGAGGCGGUUUAUGUCCGCCAUGUUGGUGAAGGUAAACGUAGGCGACUGGAGCUCCAGGACUGUCGGCUUUGCUGGCUCAAGUCCGCCAUAUUAAUAAAGAGACAGGGAAGGUUGACGCCACCACCCCCACCUCCCAAUACACAAACCCGUUUUUCCCACUCCGCUUCCACGACUCUUCUCGGUGGGCCCGUCCCCUGCCUCGAUUGCCUAGCCUUUGCCCGGAGGAAGCGUAGCAACCAGCGCCUCAGAACAGGCUUAAGACAGCACCGAAUGAGGGGGAAAGGGAAAUGCCGACCAAUUGCGCCGCGGCGGGCUGUGCUACUACCUACAACAAGCACAUUAACAUCAGCUUCCACAGGUUUCCUUUGGAUCCUAAAAGAAGAAAAGAAUGGGUUCGCCUGCUUAGGCGCAAAAAUUUUGUGCCAGGAAAACACACUUUUCUUUGUUCAAAGCACUUUGAAGCCUCCUGUUUUGACUUAACAGGACAAACUCGGCGACUUAAAAUGGAUGCUGUUCCAACCAUUUUUGAUUUUUGUACCCAUUUAAAGUCUAUGAAACUCAAGUCAAGGAAUCUUUUGAAGAAAAACAACAAUUGUACCCCAACAGGACCAUCUAAUUUAAAAUCAAACAUUAGUAGUCAGCAAGUACUACUUGAACAUAGUUAUGCUUUUAGGAAUCCUAUGGAGGCAAAAAAGAGGAUAAUUAAACUGGAAAAAGAAAUAGCAAGCUUAAGAAAGAAAAUGAAAACUUGCUUACAAAAAGAACGCAGAGCAACGCGAAGAUGGAUCAAAGCCACUUGCUUGGUGAAGAAUCUGGAAGCAAAUAACAUAUUACCUAAAGGCACAUCAGAACACAUUUUACCAACUGCCUUAAGCAGUCUUCCUUUGGAAGAUUUCAAGAUUCUUGAACUUGAUCAACAAGAUAAAACAUUACCAAUUCUAUAAAACAUUCCUUUAAGAUUAGCCCACACAGAACUUGAUGCCCAUCCUUCAUUCUAUUCAAAGGUAAAGAUAUUUAAGGAAAUUAUGCCAAAAUUGGGUAUUUAAUAAAGUUCUACAUGAAGUAACAUUAUUACUGUAUAACUUAUGAAGACUAGAUUAUAAAAAAAUGGAAACUUUCUAUGAAACUUAUAUUUGAAAAAGAAUGGAAGUGCCUUACAUGAGAAUUACAUACUUAAAAAUUUUGUUAGAAAGUUGUAUGUUUGCAAGGUGUUUUGCAUUUUUGUCUUUUAAAAACUUUUAAAGAACUGUCUAUGACAAUAUGUUUAAGUUCUAUUAGAAGGAAAUUUGUUUUUCAUGUACCAGUGUUGGGACAUUACAUUCUAAAUAGGAUGCUAAGUAAGAAUUAGCCAACAUUAAAUAUGACUUUAAAACUGCUGGGGUUUGUGUUAAUUGAAUUAUUAUUGGCACUGUGAUUUGGAAAUUUUAUAGGAAAAAAAUCUGAGGUGUACAAGGCAAGUUGUGUUAUUUAAACUUUCUGUAUCUGCUCACAAAAUGUGACAAAAGUCAAGGCAUCCUUCAUGAAAAUAUUAGCUUUUAAGAUAGAUUAUAAAAUAUUUUGAAAAUAAUAUUUUGAAUGUGAAGUACUCUUGAAUCAUCCAAGCAAGGUAAGGUCUCAAGUUUCUCAGACUAGAAAAACUGGUAGCCAGUUAUAUGUUGUGAAAUAACGUAGACAUUGUGACCUAGCUUUUACCUUAAACAAAAAGAUAAAUUUAUACUAAUUUUUUCUCAUAAUAAAAAUAUUACAUUUUCAA